CUUCAGGACUCAGGGACUCGCGGCCUGGGGCCUCCUCCCAGACCAGGACUUUCAUUCUCAAAAGGUUGAUGUGGGACCAGCCCUCCCAAAGUUGUCUGGCCUUGGUGGGAGAGCUCGCCCCUCCUCUGCCCAAGGAGAGGGGUGUCUGGCAAAAUGUGCUGCUCAGUUGGGGUUCUCAGUUGGCUGAGGAACACUGAUUUGAGGGGAGACUUGGCCCACCUUCCUGGCAGCUGCCGCAGUCUGCCCAGUAAGGGUGCGGAGGGGUGGGGGACAGUAGGGACCCAGGAUGGGUGGGGGGCACCCUAGGAAGAAGGGCUUUCUGGAGGCGCACGAGGGCUGUCUCUGUGGGCAUGCGAGGAAGGCCUUUGUCCCUGUCAGCCGUCCCAGGGAGUAGUGCAGGGAAGUCCUGUGUCUCCAGGCGGCCCUGGGCAGGGGAGGGGGCGGGCCCGUCCUGAAGAGAGCCCUGAGGCCCCCAGCCCCAGAAGCCUGGUGAGAGGUUCUUCCCCUUCUUGCCAGGCCAAACCCUUGACCUGCCGCAUGCCCCACCCUGGCCUGACACUGCAGGCACUUGGCAGGGCAGGCAGGCUAUAUUUGGUGGAGCCUGAGAGCUGACCGGGGGCUAUUUUUGGCAAGGAGAAGGUGGGGCCAAACAGCUUGGCCUUUCAGCCCUCUCCUGCCCCUUCACGGAGUGGGUUGAGCAGCAGCACGCAUCCCGGUUGGCCUGGGGUGGAGGGGUGAGUGGGGCAGGGCGGGGGGGCGGUGGGGGGGGGCGUGUUCCUAAGAAGAGAAAGAGGAGGUCGGGGACAGAGGCUGGAGGAGGCAGGGUCUGAGAUUCAGAUGACCAGGCUCCCUCCAGAAUCCCGGAAGUCCCUCUGCACCUUCCAAUCCAAAGGACCACUGUCCACACCCACUCGUGGCUGGUCCCCACCUGCUCUGGCCCGAGGGCCUGGCUGAAUGAGAGCCGGUGAGCCGGCCCCGGCCCAGAGGCUGAGCCCACCAGCCUGAGGGUCUCCAUGGGACCCUUCACCCUCUGACUGCCCAAGGGGAGAAAGAGAAGUCCUCUCCGGGCUAAAGAGCUCCUUCCUUGAUUUGGGGAAUGGUCUCCAGGUGCCCCCAACCCAGUGGGGUAUUGGGGACUCUCGGGGGCCCAAGAAUUGGCAUUAUUAAAGGGUACCCAGCCUAGGUGAACCCCAUCUCUGGCCUGGUUUAGGAAACAAGAGUCACCCAGCAACAACAAUCCUGGAUAAGGGUGGCCCAGGAAACAUUGGCCCUCCUUCCAGUGAAGUCAGACUGGACAUGCGACAUUGUGGCCCAGGUCACACGGGGCCUGAGCGUCCUUACCUAACCAGUGUCCCCAGCUCAGCAUCUCUGGAGGGGCCCAGGAGUCCCUUCAAAGCUAGUUGGGCCCAAGUUGGCAGCAUUACAACAAAUGCCUGUGUGGUGGGACAGUCCCCGGGACUCAGAAGCCCUUGCUCCGAAGCAUGGCCCUGAUCGGGGAGCCUGUGCUAGAGAUUCAGCCUGGAGAGCUCCAAGCUGUGAUUCCAGAUCUCAAGGGAUCAGGAUACCCUAGGAGAGCCUGGGCCAGCCUGGGUAGGGGUCCUCAGGCCGACCUGGUUGGACCUCCCAGAAGGUCUGGGAAGAUGGGUCUCAUCCUGGGCCAAGAGGCAGGAAGGAGCUGUACCCCAAGGAGUGUGAGGUCAAGAGCUCAGCCCCCACAGGAGACUUGGGUGUCUCCUCCCCCCGAGGACCGAUCCUGUGUGAGCCCUUCCCUGGGGAGGCUGGGAGCAAGCCAGACCGCCGCCCUGAGCUCCCACAGAUCCAACGAACCCCCGGGAGUGGUCAGCCUCCUGGAAGUGACAGCACUGCCCCCACAGAGCUGGCUGGAGGGCCAGCACAGGCCUCUGGAUGUGGAAGGGGUGGACAUGGGCCUCCAGCCCUAGCCAGCCUUGACCUCCUGACUCAGUGGGAGAGCCUUGGGAGCCGUCGUUAUAUCACUUGUGUAAGACCUUUGUCCUGGGCCAGCUGGCAUCAUAGGCCAGAGCUGGGAGGGGCACGGGGUCAGUCCUCCCUCCUCCAUCACAGUGGGGAUGAAGUUAGAGCCUCACGUGUCCCCCUGUGGGCUCCGGGGUCACUGAGAGCAGGGAUCCAGCGAGCUGGGCUUGCCAUGGUAUGGGGGUGCCCACACCUGCCCUCUGCACCCCUCUGCCCAUGCUCUGCCACGACCUGGUCCAAGGCCAACACCCACAACAUCGCACCAGGUCCCCCAGGACCAUGCCACCCCCUCCACCGCCACAGACAGGGCUCUGCCUGGCCUGGAUGUCUCUGAAACCCAGCACAGAGCCCCCGGAAAGCCCUCAACCAAUACUGGGCCAGGCCCCCAGUGGGAAAUGCCAGUGGGGAUGUCGCCGACGAGGAUGCUAACCCACAUCUGUCUGGUUUCCCUGUGGUCGUGGCUCUGAGCGCUCCACGACCACCCUGCAAGGUGGAAGCCAUUAUCGUGCCCCCUUUGCAGGUGAGGAAACUGAGGCACGGAGCAAUGAUGUGGCGGCCCGCCUGGCAGGCUGGCUGGCCACCUCGCCCGACCCCCACAGGCCCGCCCCACUGCGCACUGUCUUCUCCCAGCAGCUGGGAGCUUGAGAGGGCGAAGCCCAGGAGGUGGGUUUGUAAACGGAAAACAAUCUUAGCCUGUGAAGUCAUUACAAGAGUUUAGGGUCAGGAAAGCUUCGCAGGAGAAAAGUGGAACCAGAGAUCUGAGAAGCCGUGAGGACCAGCGGCAGGGCGACCGGCCCGCCGUCUGUGUCCCGGGCCGUGGGCUGGCGUCGCCGACGGGGGAGAGCGCAGGGGCGCCAACGUGACUCCAGGAUCCUUCCGACAGAAUCGAGCACCCCCUGGGUGUGAAUAGAUGCUCGGGCUCCUCAGAGGUCUUUGUGGCGUCUCAAAGCGGCCUGGGGGUCCCUCGUGCUGGCUGUGCUGUGCCCCCUCCUGUGGCUGUUUUGUGCCUUGUCCUGGGGCACAGCUGAGAAGCUGGGGCUGUGGGUGCUCACCUAGAGACACCGGCCCUGCGCGGAGAGAAGGCGUCAGGAAGGUGUGCGUCCAGGGCUGAGGUGCCCUGCUGGGCGGGGGGCAGGGGGCGGCACCAACCGCGUCGUCAUCCCCUUUACAGCGGCCGGUUUGUUCGGUGAGCGUGUAUGUUGUUCUUGCUUCUAAACCUCUGGAAAGGGUACAAAGAAAGGGAGAGGCCUCUUUCUGCCUCGUGCCCUCUCAGUGCGUUUUGUUAGCUCCCACCACUGAACUUGCCGGGAGUUCCCCGUUCACAUCUCUGAGCCUCCGUUGUCUCACUGAUAAAAUGGGAACGACCGUCCCCGCCGAGCUGAGGCCUCGUGGGGGUUAACGAGGCUGUGGGUGUAAGUGACCAGCACACAGGAGGCCUCAGACGGACAGAUGGAUGGGUUGACGGGUGGCGUCCCUUCCCUUCGUCACACUUCCCAGGCCGUGUCCCUGUCAGACGCUAAUGCUAACUCCUAGCCGUGACCUUGACCUUGACCCUGACCCUGACCGGCACAAGCAUCCGCCUUCCCCCCAGAGCUCCCUCCUCUGCUUACACUCUGCACCCGAGGGGUCCUCUCCGUAUCUCACGGAGUGAGUGAAUAAAUGGAUGAAUAAAUGUGUCUGCCCUGCUCUCUGUCCUCACCAGCCACCUUGGUCUGAGCUCAGGUCCACCUUUUGGGUCUGGCAUGGCUGGUCACGCCGGCUCUGUCUGUCCCAGACUCCUGUUCACCCUGGCUCAUCCAGUCGACGUCGGAGCCCGGACGGACGCAGGCAAGGGGACGACCCGCGGGAGGGGACCAAGCAGGACGGGAAGGAGGCGGGCCCAGCAACUCACCCAGCCCACCCUUUGAGAGGGGCCCCUAGAGAACGCUGGUGGGGGGGGGUGGGACCCCAGGAACCCACCUAGCACCCCAGUCUUCUGGCUCCUUCUCCAUCCCUCCAGCCCCCAGCCCUAAGGAGCCCACCAGCUAGAGGGGUGGACAGAAGCCACCCGGGAGCCAGAGCAGAUGCACGGGGAUCCCCGCAUGGUGGGGCCAGCUCCCCACGGACAGCCACCUGCACUGCCCCCGUGGUGCCCCAGCCCCGACAGCUCUUAGCAGAGCGGUGUGGCUUGUGGGUCACCCUGGCAUGUCUGGCUGCUGUCGGGUGUCACCGUCACGGGACCCUUUCAAAUACCCUUCUGCUCUCCCCCCACCGUGGGGGAAAAGAGCCGCAGGUCUUGGGCCCUGCGGCGUGACCACGGCAGCGAACGUGAGCCCUCAGCACUCUGGCCGGGCGGGCGGCUCCCAGCUGCCACUCGUGGGCAGAGGCCCACCGGACAGGCGGCCGGCUGAGGAGGCGCAUGCUCCGGCCCUUCGGAGGGAAGCUGGUCACCUGACACCCCGGGGGCAGCGCUGGCCAGGGCUCCGGCCCGGCCGGCCUCGGCUUCCUCGGCGUGUCUAGGGGGAGGGGUGACCCUCCCGCGGGACACGAGAGGCCGCGUGCUGCCUGUGCCUCCUUGCCGGGUGGGCUGGCGUGAUCCCCGCCCUACGACCGGAAUUAUCCUACCUGCUGGACAGGGAACGGUUGAUGCGGUAAACUGGGCUCGCCCUCCAGCCUGGGGGCCGGGUGGCCCAGCGCCGCGUGGGCCCCAGCCUGGCUCCGUGGCUGAGUCAGCUGGCAGGCGAGUCAGACGGCGGAGCCCAGCUGGUGCAGGGUGGGAGCGGCAGGUAUAAGAUGCCAGCCUGGCUGCCCGGGGCACCAGCCUCUCUCCGGGACACCAUGCGGCUGCUCCUCGGGCUCCUGCUGGCUGCCGCCCUGAGCCUGGAGCUCGCCCAAGCCUUGAUGUGUCACCAGUGCAAGGACUUCGGAGGGUGCACUCGUGCGUUCAGAUGUCCACGGAACUCCAACUACUGCGUCACCAUCGCCACCCGGGUCCCCUUAAGCCUCAUCGACCUGCCUAUGGUGACCAAGUCGUGCCAGAUCGGCUGCCCCGACGUCUCUACCCUGGGCCUCGGCCCCCACGUGUCCAUUGUCUGCUGCCAGUACAGCCUCUGCAACCAUGACUGAGCGCCCCUCCACCCGCAGCCGCUGCCCCUGCUCACAGAGCCGAUGUCGCGCCCCGGCCCCCAGGCAGACCCUGCUCCACCCGCGGCUGAGAUGGGGCCCCGGGGCCGAGGGGCGCUCCAGGAGCAUCCCGGGCCGCGCAGGGGGGUCAGGGGGCCCAAGGGUGGCACUGCGU